CCCAGCACUCCCUGCCCAGGGUCUGAACAAGCGAGACUGGCUCGGGGCCCUGCCUUGCAGAGGCCCACCCUCUGCGUCCUAAGCCAGCCCAGAGCCCAGGGUGUCCAGGAGCACAGGUGGAGAGACCGGAACUGGUCACAAGGGCACGGUGUGGAAGGUGGGGGACAAAGGAGCUUGGGCUAUUCCAGCCCCCUCUCUCCCUGGGUUCAUGGGGCAGCUCUGGACUGCAUGCCAGCUGCUGGUAGGCCUAUUUUUUUUUCUCUUGUGUGCCAAGGGAGACAUCAAACCAGUGGACCAGGCUGGGCUCACUGUGCCCAUGGUCAACCCCUCUGCUUUCCCUAUGCCCACCACGGCCGACUGUCACCUUCAUAGCCAGUGGCCACACAGUUAUGUGCUCAGGCAGAAGGCUGGCUGUGGCCACCUUGUGAAGAUGCCUCCCAAGCCAUGCAGGCCCCACUGGGCCCCACAACUGCAUCCUGCUUUGGCGUCUGUUCCUUCCCGGAGCCUGGAGGCUGCCACCUGUCCUCAGGCAGGAUUGUCACUAUGUAAAUGUCUGUGCAAAUGCCCCAGUGUGGGGUGAUCAGCUACACAGCAAGGCAGGGGCAUCUUUGAAAGCUAUUACUUCGCUGCCAUGGGGCCCCGGGCAAGGACACUUCACUUGCUGUUUCUCCUGCUGCGUGCUCUGACUAAGCCAGCUGAGCUGGUAGAAAACUCUGACUUCCACCUGGCUGGGGACUACCUCCUGGGUGGUCUCUUUUCCCUCCAUGCCAACGCCAAGAGCGUCUCCCAUCUCAACUACCUGCAGGUGCCCAAGUGCAAUGAGUACGACAUGAAGGUGUUGGGCUACAACCUCAUGCAGGCCAUGCGCUUCGCUGUGGAGGAGAUCAACAACUGCAGCACCCUGCUUCCGGGCGUGCUGCUGGGCUACGAGAUGGUGGAUGUAUGCUACCUCACCAACAAUAUCCACCCUGCGCUCUACUUCCUGGCGCAGAAGGAUUACUUCCUGCCCCUCCUCAAAGACUACAGCCAGUAUAUGCCCCACGUGGUGGCCGUCAUUGGCCCGGACAACUCUGAGUCCACCAUCACCGUGUCCAGCCUCCUCUCCUAUUUCCUCAUUCCGCAGAUCACAUACAGCGCCAUCUCUGACAAGCUGAAGGACAAGCGGAGCUUCCCCGCCGUUCUGCGCACGGUGCCGAGCGCCAACCAUCACAUCGAGGCCAUGGUGCAGCUGAUGCUUCACUUCCGCUGGAACUGGAUUGUGGUGCUGGUGAGCAAUGACAGCUAUGGCCGGGAGAACAGCCACCUACUGAGCCAGCGUGUGGGCAGCACGGGUGACAUCUGCAUCGCCUUCCAGGAGAUUCUGCCCAGACCGGAACCCGGUCAGGCCAUGGGGUCUGAGGAACAGGCCCAGCUGGACAACAUCCUGGACAAGCUGUGGCGGUCCACGGCGCGCGUCGUGGUGGUGUUCUCACCAGAGCUGACCCUGCACAACUUCUUCCUCGAGGUACUGCGCCGCAACAUCACGGGCGUGGUGUGGAUCGCCUCCGAGUCCUGGGCCAUCGACCCGGUCCUGCACAAGCUCACAGAGCUGCGCCACACAGGCACGUUCCUGGGCGUCACCACCCAGAGGGUGUUCAUCCCCGGCUUCAGCGAGUUCCGGGUGCGCCGUGCCAAGCCAGGGCACCCCAUGCCCAACAAGUCCAACCUGAAGGCUACCUGCAACCAGGACUGUGACGCCUGCUUGAACAUGACCGAGUCCUACAGCAACGUCCUCAUGCUUUCGGGGGAGCGUGUGGUCUACAGCGUGUACUCGGCAGUCUACGCUGUGGCCCACGCCCUGCACAGAUUCCUGCGCUGCAGCCGGGGCCGCUGCGCCAAGGAGACCGUCUACCCAUGGCAGCUACUCAGGGAGAUUUGGCACGUCAAUUUCACCCUCCUGGGCAACCGGCUCUUCUUUGACCAACAAGGGGACAUGCCGUUGCUCUUGGACAUCAUCCAGUGGCAGUGGGACCUGAGCCAAAAUCCCUUCCAAAGCAUUGCCUCCUACUCCCCCAUCGAGAAGAGGCUGACCUACAUCAAUGACGUGUCCUGGGACACCCCCAACAACACGAUCCCUUUGUCCACGUGUUCUAAGAGCUGCCAGCCCGGGCAGAUGAAAAAGCCUGUGGGCCUCCACCCCUGCUGCUUCGAGUGCGUAGACUGCCAGCCGGGCACCUACCUCAACCACACUGCAGAUGAGUUCAACUGUCUGCCCUGCCCGGGUUCCAUGUGGUCCAACAAGAAUGACAUCACCUGCUUCAAGCGGCGGCUGGUCUUUCUGGAAUGGCACGAGGUGCCCACCAUCGUGGUGGCCAUGCUGGCCGUGUUGGGCUUCCUCAGCACCUUGGCCAUUCUCUUCAUCUUCUGGAGGCAUUUCCAGACACCCAUAGUGCGCUCAGCUGGUGGGCCCAUGUGCUUCCUCAUGCUGGUGACGCUGCUGCUGGUGUUCGGGAUGAUGCCCGUGUACGUGGGGGCCCCCACGACCUUCUCCUGCUUCUGCCGCCAGGCCUUCUUCACCGUCUGCUUCUCCAUCUGCCUCUCCUGCAUCACUGUGCGCUCCUUCCAGAUCGUGUGUGUCUUCAAGAUGGCCAGACGUCUGCCUCGUGCCUAUGGCUUCUGGAUGCGUUACCACGGGCCCUACGUCUUUGUGGUCUUAGUGACGGCCAUCAAGGUGACCCUGGUGGCGGGCAACAUGCUGGCCACUACCAUCAACCCCACUGCCCGGACAGACCCCGACGACCCCAACAUUAUGAUCCUUUCUUGCCACCCCAACUACCGCAACGGGCUGCUGUUCAACACCAGCGUGAACUUGCUGCUGUCCGUGCUGGGCUUCAGCUUCGCUUACAUGGGCAAGGAACUGCCCACCAACUACAACGAGGCCAAGUUCAUCACUCUCUGCAUGACCUUCUCCUUUACCUCCACCAUCUCCCUCUGCACCUUCAUGACUGUCCACGAUGGGGUGCUGGUCACCAUCAUGGACAUCCUUGUCAAUGUGCUCAACUUCCUGGCCAUCAGCUUGGGAUACUUUGGCCCCAAGUGUUACAUGAUCCUUUUCUACCCGGAGCGCAACACUUCAGCUUACUUCAAUAGCAUGAUCCAGGGCUACACCAUGAGGAAGAGCUAGCCCCGCCCACUGGCCUCAGCAGCAGGCUCCUCCCCCCUCCCAACCUCUCCCCACCCUCUGGCCACGCUAUUGGUGUUCUUCUGCCAUUCUCUGCAGUCUAGCUAUUUUUUUUUUUUUAAACCCAUUUAGCUCUUGAAAAUACCCAUACUGCACUCUUCCCUCAUGAGCUGUUUCACUGGCUGGGAGCUAACUACCCAGUCACAGAAGAAACCAUCCAAGGUGGCCUCUGGGGCUUCAAGGAUGGUCUGAUUUAUAAGCCCACCGCUGCCAUCUGGUGGUCACAGUGAGCACCUGCAGUUUGUGGCCCACGCCUUGCAGUCUGCUCGUGGCUAGUGGCUGUGAGGCCAGCAGCAGUGUGUGUGGUUCAACAUGUUCCCCAGCCGUCUUGUGUUUCUGUGUUUCCUUUUCAGUUCCUGGGAAGCACAGACGGGGGGGCGCUCCUGGGUUCUAAUGGGCAGAUAGGCAUCGUGGGGUUCUCACUGUUGCUUUUGAAUAAACUUCCCUUAGGUGAAAUCAAUGUCCCUUCUUGACUUCAGAGGUUCCCCGAGGAAGGGCCGGUGGUCUCAAUCCGGGCAUUCAUUCUCUCCGUGGUGGGUGACCUUGGGAUGACUUUUCCUUGAGUCUACACUUGCUCAUCUCUGAGAUGGGAGUCAAAGGCACAGACGUUGAUGUUUAAGGGCUGAAGAAAUGGAAGGUGUUACAGGAUUCGUAGGAAGGAAGGUGGUUGCCAUAGACAGCCAUGAUGGAGCCCUGGAUGGAGAGAGGGAGCUUUUGGGCCUUAAGAGGCGCUUCCUCAAAAGUGAAAGCCCCCACAGAUAGCAUGACAGGGGCCUGCAAGAGAAUAAGUCUAUGGAACAAAGGGAGCUCCUUGUUCCGGGGUGUGUGUAGGGGACCCCCCCCCCCCACUGUGUUAAUCUAGGCUGCUUGCCAGGAGUCCUAGGACAUAAAGGCACGAGACAAAAGUGAGGUUAUGAGUCAAGGUUGUUUUGGGCCUGGGUAUGGGGUGUGGUGGGGCCUGGGUUUGCAAUUGCAAGGAGGAGUCUUCCAGGUUGUAUCGGGCAUGCUGGUCAGCUCUGGCCAGAGAGAGCUGUGGUUAGGGGAGAGAGAGACAGAGAUUGUCCAUAACUUAACGAGAGUCCAUGAUAUACGGUAAUAAGGUAAAAAAUGCACACAACUGGUGCUCAAUAAAUGCCAACCGCUAUAAAUUCACGUGCUUCUAAACCAUCAGGGCAAUGUAAAGUUGUGCUUUGUGUGUGUGUCUGUGUGUGUGUCUCUGUGUGUGUGUUCUCUGUGUGAGUGCAAAUGCAUGUGCAGGUGAACAUGUGUACAUGUAUACAUGUGUGUGUACAUGUGUGUGGAGGCCAGAGAACAACAAUAGGUGUUGUUUCUCAGAACAACAGGGUGACAGUAAGGCGUAGACUCUUCUGGGCCUGGAACUAGCUGAUGGGCUGGGCUGGAACCCAGGAAGCCCCAAGGAUCUGUUAAAGUAACUUUUAUUCUCUGGAAGUAAUUGUCCUCUCAGGGGAUCACUGCUCUGUCUGCUACCCUAGGCCUAGUCCUGGAAGCUUCUAGUCUCGGUACAAUCUAAUCUAGGCCUAGAAUGUUUUCAGCUUCUGAGACUUAUUGCUGAAUAAGCUCACCCUUUCUAGCUCUUUCUGAACUCUGGAUGGCUGGUUCAACUCAGGAACUUCUCUCUAAGCUGACUGACUCAAACUGGUUUCCCGCAGCUUCUGACUAACUUGCUCUGCUUGGCCUCAAACUAACUCUAGCAGUUUGUUCUAAUCUUCUGGCUCCUUCUCGUUCUCUGGCUUCAACUGCCUCUGCUGACCUGCCCUCAACUCACAAUGAACUCCAACCUUGAUGCUUCCUUCUGCAAACUAACUUUACCUUCAUUGUAUGAAAUUAAAGGUGCGUACUGAAGCUGUGUCUGGAUUCCAGCCAGAGCAGCCACGUUGCUGGAUUAAAAUUCCUCUACAAGGAUCUGACUGUUCUGUCUACAAGCCACCCUGCCUGGUGUGGAGGUUUGAAUGAGAACGGUCCCCACAGGGCUCAUGUAUUUGCAUGCUUGGUCACCAGUUGGUGGAACUGUCUGGGAAGGGUUGGAGGAGGUGUGUCACUGGGGGUGGGCUUUGAGGUUUCGGAAGCCCAUGCCGCAUCCAAUGAGCACUUUCUGCCUUUGGUUGUUGUCUCGGCUACUGCCUUGCCUUCCUGCUGCCAUGAUGGUCAUGGAUGCUGUUACUCCCUGGAAUCUUGAGCCCCAAA